CUACCGAACACACAAACAAUAAAAAUGGAUGAGGGAGACAGAUAGGCAACCCAUCAAAUGCCAUCGCGAAGUUUCUCAGUUGUUUUUCAGUUGUUGGCCACCUAAGCAGAUCAAGGACGACCGGCGACUUGUCAAUGCAUACGUCCAAGGAAUUGACGACGGAUCAUGAGCCGCCGGUGGUGGAGCUCACCACGGACGCGGAGUACGCGCAGGAGCAGCCCCGGCUCGUCCGGUUCUUUGGCACGACCAUCGUGCUGAGCCUGGGGCUACUGCACGCCGCUUGCUCCCUGCACUGGGCUCAUCGUCCUCUCCCUCGCGGCGUCGGCACGGCCGCGUUCGGCGCCACUGCGGUGCUGUGCCUCGCGGUGGGCGCGGUGUCGCUGCUGCUCUCGUGGAGUGCUGCGGCGAGGAUGACGGCGACGAAGGCGCUGCCCACGCGGCGUGUCGAGCGGCGGCUGCUCAACCGGCUCUGCGCCGCGGUCCACGCGUCGUCCGCGCUGCUCAUGCUCGCGCCGGUCGGCCUGCUGGUGCUCGUCGCCGACAAGGCGUACGCGUUCGCCGUGGUCGUGCCGUUGGGGCCGGUGGGAGCGAGCCUCUUCCCCGUCGUGCGCAAUGGAGCCCGCUUCGGCUUCGCCUGGGGCGCGGCGCAGUACGAGGCUCACGAGCAUGACCUCCGGCGCUACUUCGGCCUCGCCGCCGGCGUCACAGUCCCCACCUACGUAGCGCUACUUUCUCAUGCCGUCUCCGAUCAUUUCAGGCCGGCCGGCUCGGCUCAACGCCGGCACCAUGAUCUGGGCGGCGUGGACGCCGUCGAAUGCCUCCUGCUGUACGCGUCUACCGCUGGCCUUGCGCUGAUGCUUCUUGCGACGUCGCCGCCGGCGCUGUGCUUCCGUCACACGAGGGCAGUUGUCGUGAACCAUUUCCUCGGCGUCCUCGCCGACGCGCUGCUGGCGUUGGUCGGCCUCGCCGCGCUCGUGGCCACGGCUGAGAUCGCAGGUGGCUUGGCAGCAUUGGCACCGACCACUAACGUCAUAGCCGCAUGUGCCAUAUUUGCGAAAGAGCACGAGGACGAGCCGGACCGUCGUGGGCAAGACGAUACCAAAGAUCACCUUUGUUCAUCGUCAUCGUCGCGACAGCCCGUGGCGCCCCUAGUGGUGAAUUCGCUGGCGUUCGGCACGGUAAUGCUGUCCUACUCGGCGCUUGAUGGCGGCCGUGCCUUCAGCUGGCCGGAGAAGGCCUGCCUCGUCGCCGUCGCUUCCCUGCUCGUCGGCAACCUUAGCCAGAUGGCGCUGCAGCGCCGCGCCGUCCGCACGGAUAGCGUGGUCACCACUGCACUGUCCCUCUUUGACAAGGUUAAUAAGGUGACGUUGCUGAUUGCUGCAUUGGGUUGUAUGGCUGUGUUAGCUACGCACAAAAUUACUGCAUCCCACUAGGUAUAGCUAGCUAACCGACGAUCGAGGACCCGACUACGAGACUUACUCCUUCCGUCCCAAAAUAUAAUUAAGUAGUUUCGGUUGGAUGGAACACGUCCUAGCUAGUACUACGAAUCUAGAUAGACAGCCCAUCGAGAUUCCUAGUACUAGCUAGGAAAUGUCCAAUCCAACCAAAAUUCUUUAUAUUUUGUAACGGAGGGAGUAUAUGUUGUUGCAUGCGAUAUAUGGUCUAGAUGUUAUAUCCAGGAGAAGUUUUUUUUAUGAUAUUUGAGGAGGUAUCAUAAGGUAUGUGCUACCAUUUGUAGACAACAAUAAGUGUAGUAGAUCUUACUACCUUCGUAACGACCAUAAAAGAACUGAUCUACAUAGGGUGACGUUGUUGUUGUAAUCUAGCUUGUAGUUCAGGUUUUUUUUCUUUCAAUUCUUAUUUCACCUAGCUAGUAGUAUGAUGUACUGUAUGGUCGUGUGCUAAUGUCUCACUUCUGCAGGAAAAGCCCAUAUGAGACUAUGAUGUACCAUCAAAAAACUCAGUUGUUUCUGCAAUCAGUUAAUCAGACCUAGUUUGAAUUUUUUUAACGCUUUUAAUUGAUUUCAUAA